AUGUCGUCUCUUCUGAGGGAGGAGAUGCAAAGGGUUUUAUUCCGACCUGCAAAACAGAGACUGAUGGAAUUUAUUGAGAUUGAGGAACCGGAGAUUGGGAGACACUUCCUCUGCGUCUCAGUUACAAACAGCAAAAGGAUGGUGCAGUUAUGUAUAGUGCGGUGCCAGAUAACACAGACGCCCAUUAAAUCUAGAUCCAAGCGGGCCCACACCAAACGCUCCAGCAUCCAGGAGUGCUACAGGAAGACAGAAAUCUGGUCCCUGCAAGACCUGACUCUGGUGGAUGGACGAGACCCUGAUGUGGAUGACCCGUUUUUCUUGCUCCACUUUGACAAGGUGCGUACCGUGCGCGCCGUCAGCUGCUCGGCCAAAUACGCUAUCGUGCGUGCUCUGGUUGCUCUGAGUGAGCAGUACUGCGAAAGGUCACUCAACCUGGACAACUUUGACUGGGCCUACAUCAAGCCCACGUCCUUCUACUCCAACAGAGGAGACUGCGUGGUGCUUUCACAGAUAUGCUUCUAUGCCUUCAACUUGGUAUGUCUGUCCAUGUGUCCUGUGCCCCUGGAAGCAUAA